AUGAAUGAUCCGAGCUUGAAAAGCACCUAUGUUAGCUCACUUCCUACAGAAAUCCAGCCAGAACUUGCUAGAAUGGAUGCUGCCAUGAAUAAAGAUUUUAUAGGCCUAACAAUGGGUCGAAUCCAUCAGAUGACCCAAGAGGCUGUAGACAAGCUUUGCCGACAACAUGAAUACUUCUCAAAUAUGCUGAAAGAUAAAGGAAAGUAUGCCAAAGCUUGCCGAAAACCCUUCUUGGAGAUCAAAUGCAAAGACAAGGACCGAUGCCACUGUUCAAAGAAAAAAUUCAAAGGCAAGAAGUUCAAAUCUCAUUUCAAGAAGAAGAAGUAUAAGAAACCUUAUAGGUUUUUUAAGAAAAAAGAAAUUCGUGAGAAAAAUCCAGGGCAAAGAUGUUACAUCUGUGGCAAAAGAGGACAUUUUGCUAAGUCCUGUCCAAAUAAAGCUCAAAAGGCCAUAAAGAUGAUUACAUCUUUACAUCUGAAUGAUAGGGAUGAAGUAGAAUCCCUUUACUCUGAACAAAGUUCUGCAGAUGAAGAUACUGUAUUUGCUCUACAAGAUUCUUUCUCAGACAACUCUAGUAGUGAUACAGAUGACUAUAGCCAAGAGGAAGAUUCAGUCCCAAUCUUUGUUGUUGAUCAAUGA